CCGUGCACGUCCCCGUCCCGCGCCUCCGCCCCCUCGCCCACUCGCUCCUUCCCGCCCUCCCCGCCGCGCCGGCCGAGCCGGCUUCCCCUCGGUCUCUCAUGAAUAUUGAGCGGCCCCUGUUGUAUUUCCCGAGCUCCAUUGCGGAAGCCGAGGCUCGCCAUAUUGUGCGGCGGCGCCGGCAGCCGCGGUGCCUUGUACCUGAGUCUCUCUCCGGCCGCGGCUAGCGGAGCCCCGGAUUGGGGCAGGAGCCGCAAUGUCUCAGGCUGUGCAGACAAACGGAACUCAACCAUUAAGCAAAACAUGGGAACUCAGUUUAUAUGAAUUACAACGAACACCUCAGGUAGCAUUUAAUUUUAAAGUGAUGCUUUUACAGGAGGCAAUAACGGAUGGCUUGGAAAUUGUGGUUUCACCUCGAAGUCUACACAGUGAGUUAAUGUGCCCAAUUUGUUUGGAUAUGUUGAAGAACACCAUGACUACAAAAGAGUGUUUACAUCGUUUUUGUGCAGACUGCAUUAUCACAGCCCUCAGAAGUGGCAAUAAAGAAUGCCCUACCUGUCGGAAAAAGCUAGUUUCCAAAAGAUCACUAAGACCAGACCCAAACUUUGAUGCACUCAUCAGCAAAAUUUAUCCAAGUCGUGAUGAGUAUGAAGCUCAUCAAGAAAGAGUAUUAGCCAGGAUCAACAAGCACAAUAAUCAGCAAGCGCUCAGUCACAGCAUCGAGGAAGGACUGAAGAUACAGGCCAUGAACAGAUUACAGCGAGGCAAGAAACAACAGAUUGAAAAUGGUAGUGGAGCAGAAGACAAUGGAGACAGUUCUCACUGUAGUAAUGCAUCCACACAUAGCAAUCAGGAAGCAGGACCUAGUAACAAACGGACCAAAACAUCUGAUGAUUCUGGGCUUGAGCUUGAUAAUAACAAUGCAACAGUGGCAAUUGAUCCAGUAAUGGAUGGUGCUAGUGAAAUUGAAUUAGUAUUCAGGCCUCAUCCCACACUUAUGGAAAAAGAUGACAGUGCACAGACAAGAUACAUAAAGACUUCAGGUAAUGCCACUGUUGAUCACUUAUCCAAGUAUCUGGCUGUGAGGUUAGCUUUAGAAGAACUUCGAAGCAAAGGAGAAUCAAACCAGAUGAACCUUGAUACAGCCAGUGAGAAGCAGUAUACCAUUUACAUAGCAACAGCCAGUGGCCAGUUCACUGUGUUAAAUGGCUCUUUUUCUUUGGAAUUGGUCAGUGAGAAAUACUGGAAGGUGAACAAACCCAUGGAACUUUAUUAUGCACCCACAAAGGAGCACAAAUGAGCUUUUACUAAAACCAAUUCUGAGAAUGAACUUUUUUAUAGCCUAUUUCUUUAAUAUUAAAGAUGUACCGUCAUUACUUUUAUGGACAGAACAUUGGAUAUGUUGUUCAGUUUUCUUUCUGAGCCAGAUUCGUUUACACUAUUAGAAUCUUUUCCCCUUAAUUUAAGAUAUCCUUUUUUGGAAGGGACUGCAGUUAUUCAGUACUUUUUCUUUCCUUUUAAAACUAUAUCUAGGAUGUAUGUUUUCACAAAGUGUGGUUCCAUUUGGAGCAUCUUGGAGCUUUUGACCCAGGAAUUUUUCAUAGUUCUGUAUUCUUAAGUGAAGAUUCAGUUGGCCGUCCUUUCCCCUCCCCUCAAAAGUUUUUUAGGCCUACAGAAUGUUAAAUAAUAUGUAUUUUGACUUUUUUUCCUUGAGUCUUGUAUAUUUAUAGUUUUCUAUAUAAGCUGUAGUAUCUUCAUGAAGACCAAGGCUCAAAUUUACUGUGCGUAAAAAACAAUUCUCAUAGGAUUAUUAUUUUCAUGGUGUUUUCUUCCAUAAUAUCUCAUUUUUUUAAAAAAAAGUUCUUUAUGAACUUAAUGUCCAUUGUCAUGCAAUGUUAUUUUCUUCCAUUUUUUUCUCUCUAAUUUUGGAAUUUCUGAUCCUGGGAAAGAGAACCAAACAAGAUCUCAAGUUCUGUGAGAACUUGGUUCAUUCACAGAUUUCAUUGAAGAAACAAAAAUUAAAUUGGUCUUAUGUAGUCUUCAAGUGUAUAUUUAAAGAAGUCUUUUUUUGCGUUAGUUCUACUGUCACCUCA